AUGGCGACGGUGGCAACAAACAAGACUUCCACCGACUUACCUCAACAUGACGAUUUGGAGAAACCAAAUGUCCACCAUGACGAGAUCAUAACUUCCAUGAGCGCAAGUGAGCAGAAACGACUCAUCAGACGCAUCGAUAUCCGUCUCGUUAUCACACUGGGCUUCCUCUACUGCAUCAGCCUACUGGACAGGACCAAUAUGGGCGCAACAUCAGUUGCAGGCAUGCAGAAAGAUCUGAACAUGAAUGCAGCCAACAAUGGCUACAGCAUAACGUCGCUGGUAUUCUUCAUCACUUAUACAAUCUUUCAAAUCCCGGCCACGGCAAUCAUCCGUAAAAUCGGACCUAGAAUCUUCAUCUCGACCAUUGUCCUGUUAUGGGGAGCUGUCAUGAUCGCAUUCGGAUUCGCUCCAACAUGGCCGGUAAUGGCUGGCCUGCGCAUUAUUCUUGGGGCCCUCGAAGCUGGGUUUUACCCGGGCUGUAUUUUCCUGCUUAGUACUUGGUACCCGCGCUACGAGCUCCAAAAGCGCAACGCUGUCUUUUACCUGAUUGGUAGCAUGGCUUCAGGUCUCGGUGGUAUAUUAGCAUAUGGACUGAUGCAGAUGGAUGGAAUUUCCGGACGAAGAGGCUGGGAAUGGAUUUUCAUCGUAAGUCUCCUUCUCCUCUUGGAAAAUGACUCUCAUUUACUCCUUUCCCCUCUCCGUCACGAGGGAGAAGAGAGAUAUACUCCCCCCCAAUCGUGGAACUUCCUCAACGAAUCCGAAGCCGCCUUCAUUGUCGCACGUCUAGAAGCAGAUCGAUCAGACGUCUACUCAGAACCAUUCUCACUAAAAUCCUACCUCGCAAACGCAGCCGAUAGCAAAGUAUGGGCGUAUAGCCUGCUUUAUCUCCUCACCACAACGAAUACUUACUCCAUCGCCUUUUUCCUGCCGAUUAUUCUUCAGGAUAGUAUGGGGUUCUCGGUCGCGAAGGCACAGUGUCUUGUUGCGCCUCCGUAUGUGGCUGCUGCGCUGGUUAUGUUUGUUCAGGCGGUGUUUGCGGAUAAAUGGCGGAUUCGUGGGCCUGUUGUUGCUUUUAAUGCGGCUAUUGGGUUGGUUGGGCUUGCUCUUACGGGGUAUUUGGAAAGUCCUGCGCCGAGCAACAACAUCCGCGGCCAAUGGAAACGAGCAUUCACAUCAGCAACCCUCAUCGGCGGCGGAAGUAUUGGCGGAAUCUUCGGGACGACGGUAUUCCGCGCAAAGGACGCACCGAACUAUCGCCCCGGGCUUUUGGCAACUAUGUUGGCCAAUGCAGCGAUCAUCCUCAUUGUCGCUGCGAUGAGUUUCAAGUUCUCUCGAGCGAAUAAGCGAGCCGAAGGUGGCGGAAAGAUUAUCGAGGGGCUAUCCGGGUUUAGAUACACACUCUAA